AUGAGUCAAGUUCAAAGAGAGCACAAGUAUGUUCAUGCGCAUAGGAUGCAUUCCGUUGAAAGGCGUGAGCAUGUGCGUCAUGGCUCAAGAAAUUUAGAUUACGGAGAAGAAAAAACUAAAAAUAAAUCUUAUGACAGUAUUCAUCAAAGCAGACAUCGUAAAAAUUCGCCGGAUGAUUCAGAAAAUCAAGGUGGAGAUUCAGAAAUUCAAAAAUGGAGAACUACAUUCGAUUUAUUAAUUCAAUUAAUUGGAAAAACAACAGAAAAUCCACCAGUUUUACCGAAUUCUGAUGAACAAAGGAGGGCUUUACUUGUUGAUAUGACAGGUGAAAUUUGCCGCAAAGCAAUUAAUCCUACUGAAUCAACUGAAUAUAAAGUUCUUCUUGAGAAAUACGAACAUCAAAAACGUAAAUCUGAAAGACUUCGUAAAAGGACAGAAAAAAUGCUCACAGAAGUUGAAGAUAAUCGUAAUCGACUCGAAGAGCACAUGAGGAAAGUACAAAAAGGUGAAAAAACCGAAACAGAUAGAAUCCUUAAGAGUAUUGAUCAGCUAAUGGCUGAGCAAGCUAAAAAUCAUCGUCAAUUUUUGAAAUCAAGCGCUACGUUAAGCUCGCCUAAGAGCAAACCACGAAGGAGUUAUGAUAGCGAUUCGAGAUCUUCUAAGUAUUCAUCUGAAGUUACAUCAGAAUCAGACGAAUAA